AUGUUAGUGGCUGUUCCAGGCAGGAAUGAAGCAACAUCUGUCGGUACACCUGGCAGUGUUAUAACACUCGUGACUGUACCAUACACUGUUGUAACACUUGUGGCUGCACCAGGGAAUGAGAUAACACCUGUGGCUGUUCCAGUGCAGUGGCUGUUAGGCAGUGAUGUUACACCUGUGGCUGUUCCAGGCAGUGAUAUAACACUUACGACUGUACCGUGCAAUGAUGUAACACUUGUGACUGCACCAGGGAAUGAAGCAACACCUGUCGGGAGUGACGUUACACCUGUGAAGGUACCAGGCAGUGAUAUAACACUUACAACUGUACCGUGCAAUGAUGUAACACUUGUGACUGCAUCAGGGAAUGAAGCAACAUCUGUCGGUACACCUGGCAGUGUUAUAACACUCGUGACUGUACCAUACACUGUUGUAACACUUGUAGCAGCACCAGGGAAUGAGAUAACACCUGUGGCUGUUCCAGGCAGUGAUAUAACACUUACAACUGUACCGUGCAAUGAUGUAACACUUGUGACUGCACCAGGGAAUGAAGCAACACCUGUCGGUACACCAGGAAGUGUUAUAACACUCGUGACUGUACCAUACACUGUUGUAACACUUGUGCAGAGUGUUAUAACACUCGUGACUGUACCAUACACUGUUGUAACACUUGUAGCUGCACCAGGGAAUGAGAUAACACCUGUGGCUGUUCCAGGCAGCAGUGAUAUAACACUUACGACUGUACCGUGCAAUGAUGUAACACUUGUGACUGCACCAGGGAAUGAAGCAACAUCUGUCGGUACACCAGGAAGUGUUAUAACACUCGUGACUGUACCAUACACUGUUGUAACACUUGUGGCUGCACCAGGGAAUGAGAUAAAACCUGUGGCUGUUCCAGGCAGCAGUGAUAUAACACUUACAACUGUACCGUGCAAUGAUGUAACACUUGUGACUGCACCAGGGAAUGACGGAACAUCUGUCGGUACACCUGGCAGUGUUAUAACACUCGUGACUGUACCAUACACUGUUGUAACACUUGUAGCAGCACCAGGGAAUGAGACAACACCUGUGGCUGUUCCAGGGAGGAAAAAUGUUACACCUGUGAAGGUACCAGGCAGUGAUAUAACACUUACAACUGUACCGUGCAAUGAUGUAACACUUGUGACUGCACCAGGGAACGAAGGAACAUCUGUCGGUACACCUGGCAGUGUUAUAACACUCGUGACUGUACCAUACACUGUUGUAACACUUGUGGCUGCACCAGGGAAUGAGAUAACACCUGUGGCUGUUCCAGGGAGCAAAGAUGUUAUACCUGUGAAGGUACCAGGCAGUGAUAUAACACUUACGACUGUACCGUGCAAUGAUGUAACACUUGUGACUGCACCAGGGAAUGAAGCAACAUCUGUCGGUACACCUGGAAGUGUUAUAACACUCGUGACUGUACCAUACACUGUUGUAACACUUGUGGCUGCACCAGGGAAUGCACUGUGGCUGUUCCAGGCAGUGAUUGAUAUAACACUUACGACUGUACCGUGCAAUGAUGUAACACUUGUGACUGCACCAGGGAAUGAAGCAACACCUGUCGGUACACCAGGAAGUGUUAUAACACUCGUGACUGUACCAUACACUGUUGUAACACUUGUGGCUGCACCAGGGAAUGAGAUAAAACCUGUGGCUGUUCCAGACAGCAGUGACGUUACACCUAUGAAGGUACCAGGCAGUGAUAUAACACUUACAACUGUACCGUGCAAUGAUGUAACACUUGUGACUGCACCAGGGAAUGACGGAACAUCUGUCGGUACACCUGGCAGUGUUAUAACACUCGUGACUGUACCAUACACUGUUGUAACACUUGUAGCAGCACCAGGGAAUGAGACAACACCUGUGGCUGUUCCAGGGAGGAAAAAUGUUACACCUGUGAAGGUACCAGGCAGUGAUAUAACACUUACAACUGUACCGUGCAAUGAUGUAACACUUGUGACUGCACCAGGGAACGAAGGAACAUCUGUCGGUACACCUGGCAGUGUUAUAACACUCGUGACUGUACCAUACACUGUUGUAACACUUGUAGCAGCACCAGGAAAUGAGACAACACCUGUGGCUGUUCCAGGCAGGAAAAAUGUUACACCUGUGAAGGUACCAGGCAGUGAUAUAACACUUACGACUGUACCGUGCAACGAUGUAACACUUGUGACUGCACCAGGGAAUGAAGCAACAUCUGUCGGUACACCUGGCAGUGUUAUAACACUCGUGACUGUACCAUACACUGUUGUAACACUUGUAGCUGCACCAGGGAAUGAGACAACACCUGUGGCUGUUCCAGGCAGUGAUGUUACACCUGUGAAGGUACCAGGCAGUGAUAUAACACUUACAACUGUACCGUGCAAUGAUGUAACACUUGUGACUGCACCAGGGAAUGACGGAACAUCUGUCGGUACACCUGGCAGUGUUAUAACACUCGUGACUGUACCAUACACUGUUGUAACACUUGUAGCUGCACCAGGAAAUGAGAUAACACCUGUGGCUGUUCCAGGCAGCAGUGAUGUUACACUUGUGGUUGUUCCAGGCUGUGAUGUUACACCUGUGAAGGUACCAGGCAGUGAUAUAACACUUACAACUGUACCGUGCAAUGAUGUAACACUUGUGACUGCACCAGGGAAUGACGGAACAUCUGUCGGUACACCUGGCAGUGUUAUAACACUCGUGACUGUACCAUACACUGUUGUAACACUUGUAGCUGCACCAGGAAAUGAGAUAACACCUGUGGCUGUUCCAGGGAAAAAUGUUACACCUGUGAAGGUACCAGGCAGUGAUAUAACACUUACGACUGUACCGUGCAAUGAUGUAACACUUGUGACUGCACCAGAGAAUGAAGCAACAUCUGUCGGUACACCAGGAAGUGUUAUAACACUCGUGACUGUACCAUACACUGUUGUAACACUUGUGGCUGCACCAGGGAAUGAGAUAACACCUGUGGCUGUUCCAGGCAGUGACGUUACACCUGUGAAGGUACCAGGCAGUGAUAUAACACUCGUGAUUGUAUUAGUCUGUGAUAUAACGCUUGUGACUGUGUCUUGCAGUGUCUGCACACUUGUGACCACUCCAGGAAAUGAUGUAAUGCCUAGAACUAUACCAUUUUGUGAUGUUACACUUGUCACUGCUCCAGGGAAGGAUGUAAAAGUAGUAGCAGUACUAGGCAACGAUAUUAUACUAAUGAUUGUACCAGAAAGCGAUAUGACACUAGUGACCGCACCUGGAAAUGAUGCAACACCUGUAGGUAUACCUGGCAGUGAUAUGACACUUGUGACUUUACCCAAUUGUGUCGUUACACUUGUGUGGGCACCUGGAAGUGAUAUGACACCGGUUAUUGCACCAGGCAGUGUUUAUGACAUUUUCGAGAUUGUUCCAGGCAGUGACAUUACACUUGCGGUUGCACUAGGUAGAGGUGUUCCAGCUGUGAUUGCACCUGAUACCAAUGCACCGCCUGUGAUUGUACCAGUCAAGGCCGUUAUAUCCGUCAUCGUGACUUUAGCAGGCAAUGAUGUAAUAUCUGUGACUGUAGCUGGCUGUGCUGAAGCACCAAUGACUGAGCCAGGAAAUGAAACCACGCUUGUAAAUGCACCAGGGACUGAUAUCACACUCGUGCCGUACUGGGUUAGCACACUUGUGACUGUACCCAGUAGCGAGGUCACAACCGUGAGUGUUCCAGGCAAUUUGUUAAUGACUGUACCGGGCACUACUUCUGAUAUCGCUAUAGUGCCAUUUCCACCGGGUAGUGAACAGGGGGUCCUGCAUUUAAUCCCCAUGAUGCACAUCUGA